AUGAAUAGUGAUAAAAAUCACUGUUUAUGGACAAUGAGCUUCAAACUCUUUGGAGGCCUGGAUUGUGCAGAUAAUUUACUGGCGCGACUGGCAGUAGUGGCGGAUCUUAAUGCUGCGAUAGCAACAAAGAUGGCGGAGCAUGUUGUUACUAUCCUCUUACUUGAACCGCAUAGUGACAAAAGCGAAAAGGGAAAUACAUUCACAAGAGAUGAUAACACAUUAGUAACAGUAGGAGCAGGAAUGAUUUCUACUACUACUAGUAGUAGUAGUAGUAGUUUACUUUUACAUGCCUCUGUUUCUCCGCCAAAUCUCCUAACUGGGAAUGAUGAGAAGCCACAACAACAACAACAUUAUCAGGUUCAUCAAACUGAACAGAAUGAACUUGAUAUGCACAACCAGUUGUUUUUUAAACAACCGGAAAUGGUAAAACUUGGAGAAGCCAAAGUAGCGCAGGCUCUUACUGCUAUUCACACUAUCGCAACGAACAUGAUAAGAUUUGAUGUUUCUCACAACGAUGCCGUAGAGGAACUUACAGUGCUUGGACUUGAUGAAGAAGUAGCGUUGGCUAUUGUGGCUUCAGUUCAUGCCCAUCGUCAUUCCAUAGCCAUGAUAUUAUUGGAUCAAACACCUCUCCUAUCAUUUGCAAACUUUGCGCUUCCAUACAAUGAUAAAACCGUGAAAUGCCCUAUUGUUCAGAAUGAAACUUCAUUUGGUAUACGUGCCUUUCUGUAUGAUCAAAAUGGUUUAGCAGGUGGACGACGAUUGUUUAAUAUUCAGCGGUGUAAAGAAGAGAUGGAUCAGAAAUCGGAAUCCUCCGCUGAGAUGAUGGUGGUGUGGAAAGUACGAGAUGGAAUUGAAAUUCAUAUUCCAAUACAGAAGGCACGGGCACUCUUUGCGGAACUUGUGAUCGCACGGGAGAUGUUGCGUCGUGCAUGGAGACCAUAUGAAGUUGAGUGA